CCCUUCCUUUUCCCACGGUAAGAAGGGACGCCUCCUCCUUCCCUUCCGCUUUACAGCUCUUUUGGCCCCGGCGACUCGCCAUCGCCCGAGCGGAGGCGUUUACUAGUUGAGGUGAUGGCGACUGGGACGCCGGAUUCGCAAGCGCGAUUCGGUCAGUCCGUAAAGGGGCUUCUCACAGAGAAGGUGAACGCCUGUGGUACUGACGUGAUCGCACUCACCAAGCAGGUGUUGAAGGGCUCCCGGAGCUCCGAGCUGCUGGGUCAGGCAGCUCGAAACAUGGUACUACAGGAAGAUGCCAUCUUGCACUCAGAAGAUAGUUUAAGGAAAAUGGCAAUAAUAACAACACAUCUUCAAUACCAGCAAGAAGCUAUUCAGAAGAAGUAAGUAACUCCAAAGUGUUGAGCAGUCAUCAGAUCUACAGGACCAGUUGAAUCAUCUGUUGAAAUAGAAUGGCUUAUAAAAGGGCAAAAGCACUGAUGCUGAGGAGGAAACACCUUAUACAACCAUUGUGCUGUGGGUUUGAUUUUCCAUCUUCUCCUCCAAAAGUUCAAUCAGAAAGGAUUUGUAAUGAUGGAUAGUUUCUCCUGAAAAGAAGCAAGGUGGUUGAAUUCUGGAAGCACUUCUUGAAUUGGACUAACCCAUGCUCUUCUUGAAUUUUUAUGAUGCUCUGUUUAGUUUGAUAUUAAAGCAAAAUUAAAAGACAUCUUGUUUUUCCCAUAGAACUUUAAUAUGUCAAAAGCCAUAUUAUCUAAAUGAGAUUCUUAGGAAAAUACUGAGUAAUCUUUUGAAUUUAGAAAUAGAGCUUCUACUGUGAACACAUAGGAAUGAUUAAUUUUCUUUUGAAAGACUUUUUUUCUUUUAAUCGUACAUUCAGAAAAUAUUUUAAUUUCAUGGUCACAGAAUGGUGAUAGGUAAUACCUGUUGUUUUGUUUUCUUUCCUAGCAAUUCAGAAGAGAUACUUGUUUUAUUCAUUGUAGCAAAUUCCCAAGUGGAAAUUAGGCAAAUGGUAUGAUAUCUGGCCAGCUGCAACCUCCUGCCUUGACCUGCAUUCCUAGUAUUUCUUUGUUGUUGUGACUCUUGAUUAAGUGGCCUUGAGUUCAUUUUGUAAUUUUGUUAAUCGUCAGCAAAUUCACUUGUAUGACAUUGUUGCCAAAUGCGAAGGCAGUUGAAUUCCUGUACUUGCGGAGUUGUGCCAUGGUUAAAACCUUGUGUUUGUAGUCAUUUACCUCUGUUCAUUGAAUUCAUCUUGUUAAAUGGCAUUACCAUUGUCUCCUGUCAAGUCUGAAUAUCUUUACUUUGUUUAAAUUAAACCUGUUCCAGUUCAGUUCUUAA